CUUGUCAUUUUAGAGAAAACUGAUAUUUUGUAAAUUAUGGCAUCAUAUUUUGAUGAACACGAUUGCGAGCCUUUAAAAGAUGGUGAACAGCCAAAUCAUUUGCUUCAUAUGGCCAGGCUACUUCUGGAUAGUGGAUUAGCAGCAGAAUGGAAUUUAGAGUAUGAAGCGGCAUUUGGUGGAGAGAGAAAAGUCCCUCCUGCAUCUAAAAAGUUUGUUGAAGAAUUACCAAGGAAAAUAGUAUCACCAACUGAAGCUGCUUUGGAAAAGAAGUGCCCAGUGUGUUUAGGACUGCUUGAUGAAGAAGAUGAGACAAUUGAGCUUCCAAAGUGUUCUCACAGGUUUCAUUCCAGCUGCAUUUUGCCUUGGUUACAGCAAGUGAAUAACUGCCCUAUGUGUAGAGAGGAGUUUCCCACAGAUGACUCAGAUUAUGAAAACUACAAGAAACACAAGGCUAGAGCAAAGCAACGAGAAUUUGAAAUAGACACUCUGCAUGAUGCAAUGUUUAAUUGAUUAGAAAUACAUAAUUUAUACAUGUACGUACUCUAUAUAUAAAUGUUGAUCUUUACACCCGGUAUCUUGUUUUGUGGACCAUGUGCAAUUCUUGUAUGUAGUGAGGGAAUAUUUCUGAGUUUGACUAUUAGGCGUAGGGUGUAAGAGCAACUUGCAGUGUACAUAAUUAUAUUGAUAUAACCCAUCUCAGGUGCUCUUUUUUAAUUCUUAUUUUAAUUGCCCAUUAUUAGAAAAUUUGUUGGAAAGUUUAUGUCUAGUAUCAAUAAGUUAAACAUAUUCAACAUUUUUUAUACUUUUUUUAUAAUUUAAUUGAGUAAAACAAAUUUUGAAAAGAACAUGUUCAUUAUUGAUUAUAUCACUGUCAUUAUAACAAAAUAUUACAUUUUUUACUGCAAAAAAAUAUAUGAACAAUUUUAUCUUGAUUAAAUUAUAUAGAGAAAGCACACAUAUUUGACAAAAAUUUCAAUUUUUUUCACUACUUAUCGCUGUACUGCAAAAGCAAGCGCAUCAGUGAACAUAAAGGUUCCCUUUACUUUGUUAGCAUAUAAAUUAGUGAUGGAGUUGGUUGUUGAUGGUAUACAAGUUAUUAGACAAAGUGUGAUAUUGUUGACUGGAUGUCCAUGUUAUACAAAAUUUGACGACCAGCUGCUAUCCAGUAUUAAUACUUUACUGGUAUCAGUUUAUAUCUUUAUGUUGAUACAUCUAUUUUCACACAUCCUCGCAAUGACAGGGGCCGCGAGUCAACAUGUUCCCACGGCAACGUGUUGACUCAGGACCCCUGGCAUUGCGAAUAUGAUUUUCACACUGCUGUAAUAUGGAUUAGUGUCUCCUUGAUAUAACAUAAAUAUAAUAUCAUAAAUACUUAAGUUUUGAAUAAUUGAUUUUAGGAAGUCACAAGUGCUUGAGGACAGGAGCCCCUCCUCCUCUUCCCCCUUCCUCUGGCCUUUUUUGACCGUUUUUCAUAAAUCAGCUUUCAACUUUGACAUAUUUGUGAUCUAAUCCAUACCUACAAACCAAAGUUGCCUAAAUAAAAUUUUAUUUAAAAGAAUCAUUUCCCGCUCCAUAUAUAAAGUGGAUCUAUUUCCCGGGGGGGGGGGGGAGUUCUGUCCUCAAGUUGAAAAUUGCUGUGAUUUGCAAAUCUUAUUAUCUUAUUAUUGACCUUUACAAUGUCUUUGUUAAUUUAGAUGUCAGUAAAAUAAAUUAUUUUUUUUUAAUU